UUCCAUUUGUUUUCUCAGUAAUCUCGAUCUUCUCCUCUCUCUCCAAGAUUUUUCACAAAUCCUUUUUUUCAGUUUUAAGGAUUAGUGAUAUUCUAAUUAGGAUUUUAGAGAGAGAGAGAGAGAGAGAGAGAGAGAGAGAGAGAGAGAGAGAGGUGGUUUAAAGUCUCUGUAAUCGGGAUCCAGGUACAGAGUAAAACCACUUCGACAUCUGUCUCUGUCUCAAUCCAACAUUGUUUCGAGGGUAUACGAUGUUGGAGAGUGGAAGAUGAGCAAUGGUUGAUCGUCACAGAAGCUCAUUGUUCUUGAUCUUGUCUUUAUUGUGUUUGGUACUUUCGGUCGACUUAGUUGUCGUUGUCGACGAGCGUCUCACUCUACUCCGUCUCAGGUCCACUCUCGGGCUACGAGGAACAGACUGGCCGAUCAAAGGCGACCCUUGCCGUCUCUGGAGAGGGAUACAAUGCAACAGCAACGGAAGCAUCGUCGGGAUCAACAUCUCAGGCCUCAGGAGAACAAGACUCGGCAAGCAAAACCCGCGAUUCUCCGUUGAUCCGCUCGUUAACCUCACCAGCUUAGCUUACUUCAACGCCUCUGGAUUCUCGCUACCUGGCUCUCUCCCCGAUUGGUUCGGCGUUAGUUUAAAGUCAUUGCGCGUCUUGGAUCUCAGCUCUUGUUCUGUUACUGGUAUCAUCCCCGUGACGCUCGGUAACCUCGCUACCUUGAGGAGUUUGAACCUCUCUUGUAACGGUCUAACCGGUUCGGUUCCCAGCAGUUUUGGGGGUUUGUUGAGUAUAUCCGAGAUUGAUCUUUCUGCUAAUUACCUCACUGGUCCGAUCACUCCCGGUGUUGGAUUGUUAUCGAAGCUUAUGUAUUUGAACCUCUCCAGCAAUAGCUUCUCUUCUUCGAUUCCUCCGGAGUUAGGUGAUCUCGUCGAUCUUGUUGUUCUUGAUCUCAGCAUUAACUCGUUGUCUGGUUCGGUUCCUAAAGAGCUUGGGAAGUUAACGAAUCUGAGGAAGAUGGUGAUUAGUGAUAACCUCUUGAGCGGAGCUUUACCAGCUGACUGGUUUGGUGCUAAUAGCAAACUUGAGAGUUUGGUUCUGAGAGAAAAUGGCUUCUCCGGUAAUAUACCUGAUGCGUAUUGGUCUUUGCCUAUGUUAAAGAUCCUUGAUAUCGCUAGGAACAACAUCACAGGAAUGCUACCAAACUCUAGCUCUGGUCCGAACCAGAUCGAUGCAGUGGUGGUUGAUAUCUCCUCGAACACGUUCUACGGCGAGCUCACAGGGAUUCUCACAAGGUUCAGCACCAUGGACCUCUCUGGUAACUUCUUUGAAGGUAAGGUUCCAGAUUACGUGCUCAGAGCAAACGCGUCCGUCACCAGUAACUGUCUUCAGAAUGAGAAGACACAGAAGUCUUCAGAAGAUUGUUCGUCUUUUUAUUCAUCUAAAGGACUAGACUUUGAUGAUUUCGGACGUCCCAAUGCUACUUCUGAAAAGGCUUCUUCAGGGAUAAGCCGCAGGACUGUGAUUAUAUUAGUAGCAGUUGGCGGAGGGAUUGGUUUUAUUCUGAUAUUCAUUCUCUCCCCUAUUCUUGUGGCUCUAUGGAUACGUCGAAGGGGGAACAAUGAUAGGCCUACUAAACCUGUAAAUGAAGCUUCUCAGCCACCUAAAGGAGUAUCACAGACGAUUGAUCUGUCGCGUCUUGGGAACGCGUUUGCGUUUGAGCAGCUUCUCCAAGCUACAGAGGAGUUCAGUGAGGCCAAUCUGAUCAAACAUGGCCAUUCCGGGAGUUUGUUCCGUGGGUUCUUGGAUAACGGAACACAAAUUGUUAUUAAAAAGAUCAAUAUGAAGGGAGGAAAAAACGAAGGGUAUGUAUCAGAGCUUGAGGUGUUGAGUAAAGCUGGACAUCAUCAGAGGCUGGUUCCUUUUCUUGGACACUGCUUGGAGAAUGAGAGCCAGAAAGUUCUGGUGUACAAGUAUAUGAGGAACGGAGAUUUGGGUAGCGCUUUGUUUAGGAAGUCGGAUAACGAAGGUGGUGAUGGGUUGAAGUCUUUGGAUUGGAUAACGAGGUUGAAGAUCGCUCUUGGUGCAGCCGAGGGAUUAGCUUAUUUGCAUCACGAGUGUUCGCCACCUCUAGUUCAUAGGGAUAUGCAAGCAAGUAGCAUACUUCUUGAUGAUAAAUUUGAGGUACGUCUUGGAAGCCUAAGCGAAGUAUAUGCUCAAGGUGAUGUUUAUCAAAGCAGGAUCUCUCGUUUACUUCGGUUACCACAAUCGACUGAAGCAUCCUCUUCAGGUGCAGCAAAUGCAACAUGCUCCUAUGACGUCUACUGCUUUGGCAAAGUGUUACUUGAGCUAGUCACGGGGAAGCUCGGGAUCAGCUCGCCAGACAACGCAGAAGCAAAAGCAUACAUGGAAGAAGCUUUGCGAUACAUAAGCACAAACGAGAAGGAGCUAGUGACCAAGAUCUUAGACUCGUCGUUAAUGGUGGACGAGGACCUUCUAGAAGAAGUAUGGGCGAUGGCUAUCAUAGCAAAGUCAUGCCUAAACCCGAAACCAACAAGACGGCCGUUGAUGAGACACAUUGUGAACGCUCUUGAGAAUCCGUUGAAAGUAGUAAGAGAGGAUAACAGCUCUGGCUCAGGAGGGUCUUCGCGGUUGAGAAUAAACUCGUCUAGGGGGUCGUGGAACGCUGCUGUAUUUGGGAGCUGGAGGCAGAGCGCGUCGGACGUUCAAGCUGGAGGAACAACAAGUGGUGGUGGUGGUGGUGGUGGUAAUGGAAACUCGGGGUCGCAAGGGAGUAGUGGAAGGAAUAAUAACAAUGGGAACUCGUCGUCCAGAAGACGGCAGUCUAGUGAGAUUGUGCCUGAACCUGCUGGUUACGGUGGAGCAGUAUAAGUGCUUAUUGGGAGAGUUAAAGAGGAUAACGUUUAAUGAUUCGUUCAUCGAUUCUUUGUGUUGAUAAUAACCAAAGGUAGUCCUCACAGUCACAGGUUGCAUUAUGUUAGAACUUAGAAGGGAGAAUAUGGGUUUUUAAAUCAUUUUUAUUUAUAGAUUUAUCAUUUUUCUUCUCUCUUUUACUGUCUUUUCUUCUUUUUAUUUUUCAAUUUUUCUUUUAAAAUUUAGAUUAUUAUCUUAGAUCAUUAUUAUUGUAAAUUGUAGUUCUUGGAGGUUGGGUUUUCUCGGGUUCUUUCCUAUUGAAGGCCAGGGAAAAGAAGGUGAACGUUGGUUUCGUUUAAAUGUUUCAGUUCCAAUUUUUUUCCUGCG